UUGGCGCAGAUUUUGGCGCAAACACGGACUGUUACGGCGCUGCGGGAGGGGCAGGAGGAACAGUGGACGCAACCGGAGCGGAGAACCAAGAGCAAAGAGAAAGUGACAGACGCACAAGCUCAGAUAUGGUGGACACGCAGACGUUCUCCUGGCCCGUGGGAUUCGGCCUGAGCGCUCUGGAACUGGAGGAACUGGACGACAGCUCGCACUCCCUGGACCUGAAGCCCUUCUCCACGCUGGACUACGCCACCAUCUCCGGCGUGGAGUACGCGCCCAGUCCCGGCCAGAGCGAAAGCACGCACAUGAUGGACCUGACGCACGUGUACAACCAGAGAGCUCACGAGAACAGCUACAGAGGCCACGAGAACAGCUACAGAGCUCACGAGAACAGUUACAGAGCUCACGAGAACAGCUACAGAGCUCACGAGAACAGUUACAGGCCGCAGGAGAACGGCUACAGAGCCGAGGACAACGGCUACAGAGCCGAGGAGAACGGCUACAGAGCACAGGAGAACGGUUAUAGAGCACAAAUGAGCAUCUAUAGAGCACAAGAGAAUGGCUACAGAACUCAGGAAAACAACUACAGAAUUCCAGAAAACCAAAGUUCCAUUAAGCUUGAGCCCGAGUCUCCUCCGCUGUACGCAGAGAACAGCGUGGCGUUCCCCAAACAGCCGGAAGACUCGACGCCCUCGGUUUUAAACAUAGAGUGUCGUGUCUGCGGUGACCGAGCCUCGGGUUUCCAUUACGGCGUCCACGCCUGUGAAGGGUGCAAGGGUUUCUUUCGGCGCACCAUUCGGCUAAAGUUAGUGUACGAUCACUGUGACCUGCACUGCCGCAUCCACAAGAAAAGUCGCAACAAGUGCCAGUACUGCCGCUUCCAGAAGUGCCUGAUGGUCGGGAUGUCGCACAACGCCAUUCGAUUUGGCCGCAUGCCCCAGGCCGAGAAGGAGAAGCUCUUGGCCGAGUUUUCCACCGAUCUGGAGCACAUGCACCCGGAGGCGGCCGACAUGAAGACCCUCGCCAAGCAUCUUUAUGAGAGCUAUCUGAAGAACUUCCCUCUGACCAAAGCCAAGGCCAGGGCCAUCCUCUCGGGGAAGACCAGCGACAACGCUCCGUUUGUUAUCCACGACAUGAAGUCUCUUCUAGAGGGCGAGCAGUUCAUAAACUGCCGCCAGAUCCCGCGUCAGGAUCACCUCGGCCGUCCGAGGGUCGGCGCCGUGCAGUCGGACCUGCAGCGCGAGGUGGAGCUGCGCUUCUUCCACAGCUGCCAGUCGCGCUCGGCCGAGGCGGUCAGCGAGGUCACCGAGUUCGCCAAGAGCAUCCCGGGCUUCCUGAACCUGGACCUGAACGACCAGGUGACGCUGCUCAAGUACGCCGUCAUCGAGGUGCUCAUCAUCAUGAUGGCGCCGCUGAUGAACAAGGACGGCACGCUGAUCUCCUACGGCCAGAUCUUCAUGACGCGCGAGUUCCUCAAGAGUCUGCGCAAGCCCUUCGGGGAGAUGAUGGAGCCCAAGUUUGAGUUCUCCGUCAGGUUCAACACGCUGGAGCUGGACGACAGCGACAUGGCGCUCUUCCUGGCCGUCAUCAUCCUCAGUGGAGAUCGUCCGGGUCUGCUGAACGUGAAGCCGAUCGAAGACCUGCAGGAGAACGUGCUGCAUUCGCUGGAGCUCCACCUGAAGGCGAACCACCCCGACUCGCUCCACCUUUUCGCCAAAGUGCUCCAGAAGAUGACGGACCUGAGGCAGCUGGUGGCCGACCACGUCCACCUGAUCGAGCUGCUCAAGGAGUCCGAGGUUAACAUGUGUUUACAUCCACUGCUGCAGGAGAUCAUGAAGGACUUGUACUAGUGUGGGGUUUGUGUGUUUUUUACUGCUGAUGUUUUAUUUGUGUGUGUGAGGAAGCUGUAAGAGGAGAAGAGGCAUCAUACGAGGCUGUGUUCACACUAGCUGGUUUUGUGUUAAUAAGAAAGUCAAAGUCUGUUUAUUUUGUUCUUAACAAUACUUAUAAGAAGAACUGAAUCCCUUCCCCUAAACCAGACAUGCAUAUAUGAACCAUUACAGUCAAGUUACAUAAAUUAAUUAUGUUGUCUUGUGGUUAGCCCCCAUCUUCCCAAUAUACACAGGGCUUGGAGUUCAUCAUUUUUAUUUCAUUUUUUUUAUUCUCCUUAUUUUCCUCCCGAUUUAGCGACUCAAUUUUGUCUUCUGUUGCUACCAGAGAUACCAGAUUGCAUCCGAGGAGAGCACAUCGAUGUACACGCCUCUUUCAACAGGUGUACAGCCCUCCGCUUCUCUUCUUCCGCCAAUCAGGGUCCUUACACAGCGUAUGAAGACCCACCCACACCCACACAUAGUCCGACCCCCACCCUGCAGAUACGGUGGCCAGUUAGGUUCUGCAGCAGGCACUGCCAAUUAUGCCUGCCAGAUGGCGCCCAGCCGACCGGAGGCAACACCGAGUUUCGAACCGGGGAGUUCAGAAUCUCGGUGCUGGGGUGCAAGCGGAAUAUCCCGCCGUGCCACCUGGGCACCAGGAGUUCAUCAUUUUUACAUUAUUUUUUAAUGCAGCUAGUAAACGUGAAAUUCUUCCUGUCCAGAACGCUGUCCUGUGUUUUUUUUCUAAUGCAUGGCACAAAGAGGCGAGACAACUAGUGAGCAUUUUAUUACGUAGCCUGAUCAAGACACAAGAAGACGAAUAAACAUAAAACGAAUCCAGAAUCGUUAGUCAGUAACAGGCACAUCAAAAAGCAAGGUUCCUAAAGGGCUUAAAUACAAAAUAUGGAGGGGAAGAGUUCAACAGGUGAGACACAUUAGGUCGUAAUUCCACCCAUAAACAAACAAAAGCAAAAUAAACCGAACUAAUCCUGAGACUGACACCAGGAGCCGCGGCGCCAAGCAGAGAGACUGAAAUCAUCACAUAGUGGCUAAUUAUGUGUCAUUAAUAAUGAAUAAACGCUGAACCAUAGUUGUGUUUAGCUAAAGGAAGAGUGAUUCAUUGAUUUCACAACUCUGUACCAUCCUAACAUACGUACAAACCUUUAUUUAAAACGUGCGUAUAAUUCAAAACCAAACGUCUAAUGUCAGCAUAAAUGUUAAAAGUUUGGUCACGUAUUUGACAUUUCCAUCAUUUAGGAGUCACUUUUAUCUGAAGAUCUGAGGGUUAAGGGCCUUGCUCGGGCUUGAACCAGCAACCUUCUGAUUGAUAGUCUAGUACCUUGACUGCUGAUCAUGUUUUAUUAGUGUGAUUGCAGUAAGGCAAUCACACUAUUGUUAUUCGAUAGUCAUAUUAUUAGUGUGAUUGCUAUAGACAAUAUAUUGUAUACAGGUUUUCGAUUCGCCCGUUCGCCUGCCACACCCGUUUUUCAGACAUUUUUUUCCCAUAGACUUCCAUUCAUUUUUGAAAAAUUUUGAGAUAUCGACGCCGUUCCAACUCGAAAUCGUCCGGCCCGUUAUUGACAUCACUUCUUGAAGAAAGCUCUUUGAUCCGCCCGCCCGUUUGCUUUAACCCUAUUCACUUCCAUUCAUUUUUUGACAGUUUGAGAUAUCAAUGCCGUUCCAACUCUAAAUCGUAAAGCCCACUGAUGUAACCCCAACUUGGAUAAGGCAUUGGGAUACGCGCACCUGCUUACGCGCUGCACUGCAAUCACACUCGCAUUUUCUGCAGGAAAUGCACAUCUCUAGUUAUAUUACCAAUUCUAACAUAACAGGUCCUCCCUCAUCUGUUAGGACAGUUGUAGCCUAGUGGUUAAGGUGCUGGACUAGAAAUCAGAAGGUCGCUGGUUUAAGCCCCACCACUGCCAGUUUGCCAAUGUUGGGCCCUUAAGCAAGGCCCUUAACCCCCAAUUGCUGAGACUGUGUAGUGUCAGAGUAGUGUAAGUCGCUUUGAGUAAAAGCGUCCGCUAAAUGCUGAAAAUGUAAACGUCAUCAGGAAUCUAUUCUGACUAUGUAUGACCAGAGGGGUGUCCAAACGUUUAAACCCGCCACAAAUACUGUUUUUGAAGUUUUACCCAAAAUGCAUAGUGUGAACACAGCCCUUCUGUCUCGAUGCCCAUAAAAUUGUGAACUGUUGACGGGAAUGCAAAAGCAUUCGAGGCUUUAUUGGGUUUAUUAACCAGCGCUGAGACAUCAAGCUCACGAGUUCAAAUCUCAGCUCUGCUACCGGCCACCCGGGCGCCUACACAGGCUGGGUUGGAGGGCCGAACAGAUUCCACGUCACUGCUGCAAUUGUGGCCUCUGCUGGCCGGUCGAAGCGCCGCACAGUGACAGUGAAUAACAGAGAGCAGUGCGUGAUUCUCCGUACGCGAUACUGAUCCCUGUGUACAGGUGAAAAGAAGCGGUUGGCAACUGCACACGGCCCUCCACGGUCAGGGUCGGGGGCUACAUCAGUAAAGGAGAGAUAUACCAGGGGAAUUGGUUACGACUAGAUUGGGAGAAAAGGAUCAAAUGCAUGAAUAGAAUUCUUUUUAAUGUGACGCACAUUUAUUUAUGAAGCUGCGCAUAGAUGUUUAAUAAGAAUUUUAAGAAGCUGCAGCUUUCAAGUGUUGAAGAGUUGAAAUAGUGAAUAAAAAUGUAAUCGCUGAACCCAGAAUGAUGCCAAAUAAUCACCAAAUAUUUUGUAAUCGAUUCUUUAAUGACAUGAACAACAUUUUGUACAUAAGAGCGUUUUUUCAUUGUAAUUCUAUAUAAAAGUUAAUUCCUCUGUAAAUAUAUGAGAUUUUUAUCUGCAGCCUUGGUGGAGGCUUGUCGUGUGUUUUGCAUUGAAGCUGGUUUAUAAAAAUGCUUGAAUUUUAAAUGUGUAAAUAAAUAUUUUCAA